UCGCCUGACACUCAUCGACUCCAACAAUUGCUUCUGUAGCUCCGUACAACAAGCAUAUCAGCAAUCCAUUGAUCACUGUAUAUGGGACGCGCAUAUUAGCCACGCUCAGCCAGUUCGUCGAUCAAUCAAGAGUACAACGAUAAUCUCACCGACGUGCGAUCGCUACGUGCGAUGUGCCACCUGUGGUGAAAUGUGAUGAAAAAAUUGAAGGUAAAAUUGGAAAGCAGCGAAACAUCAGGGACAUCAACGGGGCAUCAACAGGCGAUCGGGAUGGCGGGCGGAUUGAAUGCGACUGAUAGCACCGAUCCCACUAGUCGGAUUUGUCGAGACUUUCUGAGAAAUGUCUGUCACCGUGGAAAGCGUUGCAAGUACCUUCAUGAGCGUUCCGAGGACGAUCCCGUGGAGGAAUAUACCUUUUGCCAUGACUUCCAGAAUGGCAAGUGUAGCUGGCCAGGCUGCAAGUUCCUGCAUUGCACGGAGAGCGAGGAGAAGCGUUUCAGGGCAACCGGUGAACUGCCGCCUCACGUCCUCAAUCGAUCCAAGAUCUGCAGCAAUGACAAGUCGGAUCCGUUUUGCAAGGAUUUUUUGAAGGGCAGCUGCCAAAGGAUGAAUUGCAAGUUCAGGCAUAUGAAAAAGGAAGAACCGCAGCAUAAUCUAAUGUCGCCGUCGCUUCAUAACGCGUCUAGGCCGCAACACAACUUCAACGGCACUAGCAACGGCGGUGGUGUCGGUGGCGAUGGACGCAGAUAUGAAGAAGAUAGAAACUUUCACUGGCAACUGCAGGAUCAUCAUAACAAUUUGAUCGCUAACAACGGCGGUUACAACACGUCGCAUCCAACCGAUUACAUCGGACCGCCGGAGCCGAAGAGGCGAUUAGUAUCGGGCGAAGCAGUCGUACACUUCGAAGCCUCUCCAAUCGUAGGUCAGCAACACACGACUCAACCGACAGUCACGCCAAGUUAUUAUUAUCCCGUGAUACCGCGUAAUGAAGCACGAGCCAUUGUACUGGAGGAUGAGAAUGCACUGUUGAGAAAGAAGAUAGAAGAGUUAAAGAAGCAGGUUAGCGACUUGACAGCGACGAAUGAGUUUCUGUUGGACCAAAAUGCCCAGUUGAGGAUGUCGGGCAAGCGAACCGCGAAUGUAACGGCUGUAACGGUCCCGGCAGUCACGAUUACGAAUACGGUUCCGCCAUCGCAAGCUCCGACACCUCAACAAAUGGUUAACGCAGCCGUGGCAGCGGGUACUCUCCGAACAGUCACCGCUAGCGUGGCUACCGUUCCUGUAAGCAUCGCGACCGUAGCACCCGUCUCUAUCGCUGCGGUUUCUAUGGCACCAGUUUCGAUACCACCACCGAUCGUCACCAUGGCUCAACAAACUAUCUCGAUGAGUGGCUCCGGGCCUCCUCAGGCAACUAAUCAACAACCACCGAACACGCAACAACCCGCCAGUUUACCCUUGUCGAUAUCUGGCGCGACCGCGCCUCUCGUCUCUUAUCCUAUUAUGACGCAAGAACUUAGGCCUGUCUUGCAAUAAAUGCAUCAUGAGAAUAGGAAAAACUUUUAUUUCUGAUAAAGGAUAAUCUAUAUAUACAUACCUACUCGGCUAUGUAGGCGAAUCAAGGAUCAUAAUGUGCAUCCAUCUUCCUCUAUGUGAAAUUGUACUUCCCUUACAAGUACACUUGAAAGUACACACAGAAGAUAGAAACCAG